GAUCUGGUUUGCACCCUGCGCCCGCUCAAACAAAUGAGUCAGACCAUCUACAUGGGCGGAGUCCUGACGGGGGCCGUUAUAUUCGGGGGGCUUUCAGACAGGUUCGGGAGGAAGCGGUUACUCACCUGGUCUUAUUUCCAGUUGGCGGUGUUGGGAAGCUUCACCGCUCUCUCUCCAUCCUACCUGUCCUACUGCACCUUCCGCUUCCUCACGGGCAUGGCCGUGUCCGGGAUCAUCCUGAACACCGUCUCGCUCAAGGUGGAGUGGAUUCCUACGAAGAGCCGGACGCUGGUGGGCACCAUCUCCUCCUUCUUCUUCACCGUGGGUCAGGGGAUCCUGGCCGGGGUGGCGUACGCCCUGAAGGACUGGAGGAAGCUUCACGUCGCCGUCUCUGCGCCCUUCUUCAUCUUCUUCCUCUACAGCUGGUGGUUUUCGGAGUCGGCCCGGUGGUUGGUGCUGAACGGACGAUGUGCUGAAGCUCUGCAGCAGCUACGACGUGUGGCUCGAAUCAACGGCAAACCGGGCGUGGCCCAGAAAAUCUCCCUGAAGGUGUUGCAGUCUCACAUGCAGAAGGAGAUCCAGUCCAGUAAGAACUCGUUCACGGCGUUUGACCUCCUCAGGACUCCAAACAUCCGAAAAAUCUCCCUGUGCCUGGCGCUGGUCUGGUUCUCCACCAGCUUUGCGUAUUACGGCCUGGCGAUGGACCUGCAGAAGUUCGGCGUGAACAUCUACGUGAUGCAGCUGAUUUUCGGUGCCGUGAACUUUCCGGCUAAGCUGGUCGCUCUGGUGAUGCUGAGCGUUCUGGGUCGACGGGUGACUCAGGGCGCGUGUCUGCUAGCAUCCGCCGCCGUCAUCUUUAUCAACGUCCUGGUUCCUCCAGAGACUCAGAUCAUCAGGACCAGUCUGGCUGUUCUGGGGAAAGGAUUCACCUCGGCCUCGUUCACCUGUGUGUACCUGUACACCGGAGAGCUUUACCCUACUGUCAUCAGGCAGACAGGAAUGGGUUUCUCCUCCACCAUGGCUCGUGUGGGUUCCAUGGCGGCUCCAGCGGUUCUGAUCCUGGACGAGAUGUUCCCUGCUUUUCCCGGUAUCGUUUAUGGAGCGUUGGCUCUGAUCGCUGGACUCGCUGCCUUCCUGCUGCCGGAGACGCUGACCGCGCCACUCCCCGACACCAUCGAGGACGUGGAGGAGAAACGGUCUGAGGAGGUGCAGAAGUUUGGGGAGCAGGAACAGGCCGUCACCCUUCAAACAACAAACCAGACCUCAGAAGGAAAUGAAGAGGAACCAUCUGAUGAUCUGAACGACGUCUGAGCGAGACGCCGGCCUCCGUACUGUAACCAUAGAAACUUGUCCUGUAGAAUUAAAAUCAUCUGAAGUUUAGAAUUAUCUUCAUUAAAUAAAUAAAAUUUAACAUCUCAAACCAUCAUCACACACGCUGAAGCUGCAGAGCGACGCUCCGUCACUGUCAUGAGGCUGAAGAAUCAAAAAACGUCCAGAUAUUUAAUGAGUGAAGAUUUCAAACUCUGUAACAGCGACACCUGCUGUCAGGCUGAGGAAGAACACAGAGAGUACAGCGUUAAUCCAGGUCCCUGUGGGGGGCGCUGGGUGUCGCCUCUGUUCAGAUUUGUGAUUUGAUGUGAAUUUGAAGGUAAAAACUCAGCUGCUUCAUUUCUGUUCAGCUGAGAAUAAAAUCUGAUUCUGCUG